AAACACAUACAAAAUCCACUGCAAGAUUAAAAGAUAGCAUUGCAAGAGAAACAUAGAAGAUAUAAAAUUAGAGAAGAUAUAUAUAAUUAAGAAAGAAUGGAUGGAGCUAGUCAGAUUGCUCUACCAGUGCUGGGAAUUCUUGCAGCAGCUGCCCUUACUUUCUAUGCAGUCAGCUUUGCAGAACUCAGAGAGAAAUCUUUUAGAGAUUUGGAUGAUGAAUCAAAGGAAGAAGAAGAUGGAGGGGGGUUCCAGUCUUCUGCAAGUUCAAGGGAAAGAAGGGCCUGGAGGAAAGCUAAAAAGAAUGCAAGGAAGUGAUCAUUUUUCUUUCUU